CUGCAUUGUCGCCCCCUUCGCUCUCACUUCAAGGUUCAGCGUGACUUCAAUAAGUACUGGCACCCGAAGGGACUAGCUGGCAGACGACUGCCCCUUCAGAGAUCACUGUCAAUAUCAGUAAUGCCGACUUCACCAUCUCAAGCCUUCGCAAAUGCUUACAGUACGACAUGCAUUGGAAUGUUAUUCUCGUGGAUGUUCUUCGGUGGCACUGUUGCUCAAAUAUUUUACUAUUUCCAAAACUACUCCAAGGACAAACUCCCGGUGAAAAGUUUCGUUUUACUCUUGCUUGCACUAGAUCUUGUCAAAGAAAUUGCUCUCUGCAAUGCCUUUUGGUCCCGUGUUGUGACCAAUCGUGGCAACAUACUUGCGGCUGAGAUCUGGACACCGAGUGACUACAUGGUUUGGGUCUUCUCGGCUCUCGCAGUUGUAUGCGUGCAAUGGUUUUACAUCCGUAAUAUCUGGAUCUUAUCGCAGAGAGCCUGGCUACGUGUCCCACUCACGGCGAUAGCUCUCUUGCUGCCACCUUUAGUGAGCUUUUCGAGAACCGACACAUCUUUGACCACGCUGAAAGAGAAACUCAUAGCUUUCGUGUAUGAGACCAACCUCGCUCAGAUGGCAAGUACCGGAGGAAAUGAGACUUCGAUACAUGCCCAUCUUCUCGUGCCUUCUCGCUUGCAAUCGGUCACGGAUUUGGCGACCAAUGUUUACAUUAGUUUGUCAUUGAUCUUCAUUCUUCGUGGCGCGAAAAGCGGAUUCAAGACUACGGACAACAUGAUUGGAAGGCUCAUCACAUUUGUCGUCAACCGUGGCCUUUUCAUCUUUGUUUUGCAGCUACUCGAGGUGGUCUUAUACAAUUGGGAUGGCCACUGGCUCGGAGACACGAUGAGCAACCUGUUUUAUUUCCCUUCAAGCACGAUCAAUAUCAACGCGGUGCUCAUAGUGCUCAAUGAACGCCGACGUAUCAGAGACGAGGACUCACCGGACCUGGAUUCAAAAUACUCUGCGCCUCUGGGCGAAUUUCAGGCUGCAGUGAUGGAUGCAGCAACAUCCCACGCUAAACCUGUCGAUCCCGAGAAUGUGCAAACCCGAUCAAUUGGAGAAGAGGCGACCUUCGCAUUGUCCAGUCAAACGACAGGAGGGGUCCGUUGAGGACCGCAUGAAACCGCAUUUUCUCAGGACCUAGCGAAGCGACAAGCUGUCCACGGCGCAAUCACGACGGUAUCACUCAGUCCCCGGGGAACAUUGCAUGCGAUGUGAGGUAUUAUGUACUCAUGUAUGAGCCAGAUCAAUAUGAAGGACAGUGUGCUUGGCAACGACUACUGUUAUUCAUAGCUAGAACAGAAUGCUAAUUGUACAUGCCGACUUCAUUGUGACAAGCCAGGAGCGUGAUUGAUACCAU